AUGACAGCCACAGACGAAUUCAACAACCCACUCCCUCAAAUCCAUCGCUUCAUUACUGGCCACGACAAGAAUGGCAAGAGUGUCUACUCCGAUGCCCUUACCGAGACUGUUUCCUUCUGGGCUGUUGGUCCCAGGUCAAAUCCUGCAGGCUUUGGCUUGGCCUACACCACAGCUUCCUCACCAGUCCAAUUGAACGACGACAAGGACCUGGCUGAGUUCGCCAAUGAGAAUGAGCAGCGGACGAAGGGCGGUCUGGCCAAGCGUGGGGGGACCGUGAUGCGCUUCGUCGACUACCCCCGAACGGAGCCUCACCUAUGCACCGCACCGUCAGCUGUGACUACGCCGUCGCGAUCAUUGAGGGGUACGAUGCACCAAUGGAUCAAUCACAGUGACUCCUGGGCGCGCAUGCUAUAUGUCCUGCUUGAUGCGGCGGUGGUAGAAGUCAAUGGGCAGCGAUUGGGUGAAGAGCUUGGGGGGAUGGAAGGUGUUCCUAAUUCUCACUAA